GGAGCGCGGUGGCCGUGGGCGCGCGGGGCGGCCGGGGCCUGCCGGCGGCGCGGCCUGCCCUCCUCUCCCCUCCCCCGGUGGGAGGUGACAGCUGUCCGCCCGCCAUGCCCGCCGGUCCGCCGUGAGUCGCUGCGCGCUGCGCCAUGGGGCCGGAUCCAGGCUGGGCUGCGCUGGUGUUGCUCUUCGCUGCCUCACUGCUCACUGUCGCGGCCUGGCUGCUUCAGUACUGGCGGUCGGCGGCCCUGCGGGCGCCGCGGCGGCGCGAGGAGGCGGCCGGGGCCCGGGCGCUGCUCUCCGCGCUACUUGCUCUCCGGUCGCUGCGGGAGCAGUGGCAGCGGGCCUGGGUGCGAGCCCUCAACAGCCAGGCGCGCCGGCACGGGAGUUCGGUGCAGAUUACAUUUGAAGAGAGUCCUCAACUACCACCAGCUGCAAAUAUAAGUGACGUGAUGUGCAAGGAGCGGUCAGACCACAGCAUGGUGCUGUCCUGCUGUCUGUCUGCUGAAGCUGUGAAAUUCCCUGUCUCUGUUACUCAGCAGUCCCCAGCUGCUGUUUCUGUGGACACCUAUCAUGUCACUUUGGCUGUGCUGCAGGCUCAGGUGGAGAUCCACUUGGAGGAGGUACAGAAUGAAGGUCUCUUGGUGUCAUGGACAUUCAGGGACAGACCAGACUUGAACCUUUCGGUUCUUCCAAGACUUCAGCUUCAUGAGAACGAAGGGCAAGUGGAUCUGUCCACCAUAGAGGAUCUGAUUGAGGAUACCAUUGUCAGCACGCAGCCAGCCAUGAUGGUGAAUCUGAAGGCCUGCACUGCUGGAGCUGGUGCGGUACCCAGCAAUAAGUUGAUUCGAGAGUCCCGGUCUGGAUUAGGAGCAGCCCCUCUGUGCUCUAAGCUGCUGCUUCGGAAUCUUCGAGUGCUGAACUUGGGCUGCCAGGGGAAGGGAGGAGUUGGGGAGAUAAGCUGCAUGGCAGAACUAGACAGCCCCCCCCAGCAGAAGUGGACGAGGCCAGUGACAGCUGUCAGUGCCAGUGCAGCAGCAGAGAUGGAGUGGAAUGAGGAGCUCUUUCUGGAGUUGGGACCAAGGAGUAAAGAGCUGAAGCUACAGGUGCUGGGGAGCUCUGGUGGAGGGGGAAAUGUAGUGCUGGCACAUGCCACACUGUUGCUUGAUUCUUUGUGCAAACAACCAUCUGGGAGACAGGUCUGCUUGCUGGCCCCAGGAGCUGGGCAGUCACUGGCGGCUGAAGCUACCUUUGUAUUGGAGCUGCUGUUUCAGGAGUCUUCUGCAUCUAUAAAUGCUCAGCAUGCUGCAUCUCUGCGAAGCAGCGUCACCCCCACUAAGAAAGUGGAGAUGGACCGGACCAUCAUGCCUGACGGCACCAUCGUCACUACUGUCACCACCAUUCAGUCUCGGCCCAAGGCAGACUGCAAACUGGAUUCACCGUCAAGGUCGCCUUCCAAGGUGGAAGUGACUGAAAAGAAGACAACAGUGCUUUUGGAGGGUGGCUGCCCUCGCAGCCCCUUGCCCAUCGGUACCCGGAAUAGCCAUAUGCCCAACGGCUUGGAUCCAGUGGCUGAGACAGCAAUCAGGCAGCUAACCGAGACAAAUAACAAGCCUGCCAAGAAGACCCCAACAAAACGUAGCACACUGAUCAUCUCGGGAGUUUCCAAGGUACCUAUUGCUCAAGAUGAAAUGGCACUUUCUCUGGGUUAUGCUGCAUCCCUGGAGGCCACGGUGUAUGGGGAUUCUGUGGCAGAAGGCCCAGGCAUCCGGAUGCACGAUUCUAUGGAAUCAUCACAGUUGCUGGAAGUGUCACCGUCGGGACAGAGGGCCAGUCAGGAGCUGGAUGAGACAACACGGUCAGACAUCUCUGAGAGACCAUCAGUGGAAGAUGUUGAAUCUGAAACUGGCUCCACAGGAGCCCUUGAGACCAGGAGCUUGAAAGAUCACAAAGUUAGCUUUCUUCGGAGUGGUACCAAGCUCAUCUUCCGGAGAAGGAGCAAGCAGAAGGAAGCGGGCCUGAGCCAGUCACACGAUGACCUGUCCAACGUCACCGCCAACUCUGCCACCAGGAAGAAAGCUGGCAGUUUCUCUCGCCGCCUCAUCAAGCGCUUCUCCUUCAAGUCUAAAUCCAAACCUAAAGCUAGCGAUGGCAAAACAGCAGGUGAGAACUGAAGGAGGGAGAAGUCUGUUGGAAGGAUUGUUCAGAGAUCCUUUUCUAGUCUCGUCUUCCCGCUCCAUGGUAUCUGUGACCUGCAGUCUGGUUCCUUCCAACCUUGGCUGAGGGAAGACAUGCCAGUGCUUUAAACCAUUUGGGGAGUGGAGGUGGCAAAUCAGGGUGUAGGCUGCUCGUCUGCCUCAGCUUAGCCUUCUCUGACUGUUGUAACCCACUGUACGCUCUAGAAAAUCCAGGUGGCUUGCUAAUCCCCAUGGACGUUCCAGGAGCUGCAGAAGCGACUCUGCCUGCAUAGCUGUCUGGCAUCACCAGGUCCAUCCUGGAAAGGGGUGGCAGGGCCUCUCAAGUGUCAUCCUUCAGAGUUAAAGAUCAAGAAACUACUGGCUUACCUACAGUGAUGAAAAAUGGGGGCUGUAGCCUUACUCAGCUCUUCUAGCGAGAGAGAAUGAUGUGGUUGCUGGCCAUCUAAACACUCUUGUGGCAUCUACUUGGUGCAGAGGCUGUAACCUGACUGAGGGCUGGGGCAAUGUGUUCCUGAGCCAUGAGCUUUCAGGAGAACAAGCUGCAGUUCUGCACCCAGCUCUGCCGUUGGAACAGUCUCUGGUUCACAGUGCUGUGAGUUGCUUUCUGUGCUAUGCUGAUGAAGGAAGGAGUCUCUAAGAAGAAUGAAGUUUUAACCACUGGGAGACUUUUUGUAGAAGCCCAGGCCCUUGAUAGAAUGUUUGAUCGGUGCUGUUGAUGCUGCUGUUCUGUGACACUGCCCUCUUUCUGCAUCUUUCUGGAAUGGGGAAGGGGUCAUGCUGCACAUGCACACCAGUUGUUGUGCUAGCAGAACCCUUUCCCUUGGGGUCGGUUGGGGUGUUGCUGGCGGGGUGCCAGGUCAUCUUCCGGACCUGCAGAGCACCUGACCUCUCGCACCGUUACGAUUCUCACGGCGAGGACCGGCACUAUGCUGGAGAUGUAUGGCAAGGAAUGGAGCAAUGCUAGCAAAAGCACAGUCUGAUGUGGAGCCUGAAGCCAUGUGGCGGAAAGAGGCAAGAGUUUACAUGUUUUCACUGACGAAUGGGUUUCCUGUAGUAGAAGGAGUGUGUCUUGGUUGCGUCUGGUAUUUCCGUUAUUCUAGCUAACCUAAUCCACAAUGUUCGAACGGUGGGCAUUUCCGCAGCAUGUGUUUUUGGAGGGAGAGGCACUCAGGAAAAUCAGCUCCUGUGUGGGAGGAGACUGUCCUUCUAGACAAACAGUUUCCCUGUCUCCUGACAUGUGCACAAUGCAAAUAUCCCCAGAGGCCCCAUUUGGAUAGUGUGAUGAUGGUCUUUGGAGUCACGCUCAUGCUGUUUUGGCAGACCUGAUUUGAACGAAUGCUCCUGCUCUCCUGUGGGUUGUAAGAGUUAAGGAGAUGGAGCAAAGGGAAGGAAAAACCUCACUGAAGAUUGAUCGCCUAGGCCUGAGUGGUUUUGCUAGUUUUGCUCUUCUAUUGCAGUACCUCCUGAGGUGGGAGCUGUCACCCCACCUUAUGCAGGAUGAGACAAACCAAAAAAGCAGUUGUUCUCUCGAUGCUGUGCAUAAAACAACAUGUUGUGCUCUUCAGAAGGACAAAUUAGGCUUACUGAUGCAGCUGUUGCAUGCCAUUUCCAAAGCUCGAACAUGUUUGGUAUGCCCCUGCGAAAGGGUUCACAGGUGGGGAUUUCACGGCAUAUCUUGAAAGUGACUGGAGAUAGGGAAGGUCAGAGUCGGCAGGGGAUUGGAUUGAAAGUGCUGGCACGUGCCACCAGGAUGGACUCUUUCCUGCCGAUUCUCCACAAGGUUGAGCACGUGUAAGAAAUGGAACUGGUUCAGCUGGCUGACCAGGAAGUUCUCCAGUUGCUUGUUUUGGUUGUGCAGUCUUUCUGUCAUCCUCGAGCUUUUUAAUUUUUAUCCUGUUUCUUUCCUGGUCCACAUGGUACUGUGGCUUUGUUUGCAGCUGUGUUUGCUACAGAUGUCAGAGUGCUUGCUUUUCCUUGAUGGGAGCGUCCGGUUUCUGCUGCAGCUCUGGUGGAAGUUGACAAUCUGGGGCUCACCUCUAGCAAUCUAGCCACCAGUUUGAUGUAGCCUUCUUUUGCCAGGUUGGUGCAGUGUCGCACUCGGUGCUGCCCUUUGCGAACAUGUCUGUGUUCCCAGAGCCUUGGGGUUUGGUUCCAGUUUGACAUUCCCUCUUGCACCAUCUCUGCUGUGACUCUGCCUCUGUAUUAACAGCACCUGAUGCUCCAUUUUCAGUUUUUGUUUAUUGUUUUUUUAAUACUCUGUCAAGGCUGCUUCGAAUGGGAAAUGCUGGCUGAGCCCUGAUCUCGAACGGAAAGGGAAAGUCACGUAGGUCUUUGGCCUCUGGAAACUGUAAAGGCAGAGUCCAAGGGCGUUUUCCCUCAUAGAACUAUUGCUUAAAGAAAUCUUUUUGUAAUUAAUCCCUGCUUAUACUUCUGGCUUUAGGACAGAAGAAAUGCUAUUUGAAAUCUACUUUUCCCUGUUUAAUUUCUGGACACCUGCGCCCUCACCUCUGUGCUGUUAUGGGGUCUGUGUCAUUUUAUAAAGCCAAGGGGCCAUGAAGCAACUCCAGUGCAUGAAGCAGGCCACCAUCUACCUUUUCAGACUCAAAUGAUCUGCAGUUGCCGGGUUGCUGUCUCAGGGUAGGCUCUAUAUGUGCACCUUGUGAAAUCGGUCAUUGACCGAAUGUGUGAGGGAAGAGGAGUGGCAGAGCAGUGGGCUUGAAUGCGCAGAGGCUUCUGGAGGAGUUCAACCUGCAUAUGAGGGCCUGUGUUGCAAAUGCUGUGUGUCACUGCUAGCUAUGCAAGUAGGAACGGUGACUGGUAGAUGAAGCCAAAGCAUACAUUUUGGGCUGGAGCUUUUUUUUUUUUUUUUUUUUUUUGCUAUCUUGGCUGAACAGAGUUACUGUAACUUACCUAUGCUGUGUAUUUUUACUUCUCUGAAGAAAAUAGAUUUCUCUAGCUGUAAGUACAUUUCUGUUUGGAUACAUCCUCUCCCCAUGUUUUGGUAAAGCUUUUUAAGAGCUUCCCCAUAGAAAAAAACCCUUGGCAUCAGCCCAUGAGAGGUAUCCUCUCCAGGUGAGAGGAAACGGGCAUGGGAAGAAAUGGAGGGAACUGCAAAACCUCAGUGUUCUGGGGGUGUCAGAGACUUUAUCAUGGUGGAUGUCUGACUCCCAAUACUUGGAAAGGGCGCUCAAAGGCCACAUUUGAGGGCAGAGGCAUCACACACAUGCAUAUGUGUUAGCAUGCACUUGUAAUUAAAGCAUGCUUCUGCGAAUACCUGUAGCAGUCAUGUCUGAGGAUGACGGGGAGGAUUGGUGAGUUGGGAGAGUGACUUUACCAGCUAAUGUGGUGUCCACAAAGUACUUCUUACAUUAACCUCCGCAGGGGCAGACUUGAGCAAGCAGGUUCAACUUCUGCCCCUGCAAACACCCUCAUGCUGCUUAUGUAGUUGAGGAUGGGUGUUCAGGCAGAUUGGCCGAAGUGGGGGAGAGAGAAGGGAUACUAAUUGCGUAGAGAGCCAGUCAGAAAACAUUACAGAAGAGAGGAGCACAAUGAAAACUUCCUCCAACUGAUACAAGAGGGCCACAGGCAUGUGCUGUUUCUAGACUGGGAGCAUGGUAAAGCAUACGCUUACAAAUGUUUUAAUUCUGCUUUUCUAACUUUGGUGAUGCUGUUUCCUCCCUGUGAUGUCUUCUCUUGGUUCACUGUUUACUAAUCCUACAGAGAAGUAAUUUCUGGGUAGCUGGCAAGAUGCUUGAAUGUUGGAUGGUUGGCGUUUACGUGUUUUGGGGUCUUCUGCAUUGUUCCCCCCCCGCCUCAGGUCACGAUGAGUGUCAUGGUAGAGUAACAAUCCUAGUGGUGGUCAAACUUCUGGAAGAGGUCUUCGUGUACGUGAAAUAUCACAGCUCGUUCUACAAGCAUGACAGCUCCACACUACCAUUCCUUGCUCGUACAGGUACUGGACCAAAUUCCCACACUGAAUUUGAAUUAAUGUCCCUCCUUGUGUGUGCUCUUUUGUACUUUGAUGCCUUCUCUCUGGGUGGACUAUUUUAAACCCAGAUUGUUUAGAGGCAAAAAUACAGGAACUGUGUAACUAUUUAUGAAAUGAAAAUAAAAUUACUUAAUUUGGACUAAAUGAAUGAAGUUUUUGCACCUUUCUAAAUGCUGAAGAAUUCCAUUGCUGUGUAAUGGCUGAACCUGUUAACUUAUUAAACCACAUGGAAAUCAAAACCUGA